AGUACAAAUUCCUUUACCACUCAAAUGCGACAUUUUCAGGGAAGAGUUAACUUCAAUCUAAGAUAAAAGAUGGCAGAUGAGCAAACGAAAGAAGAAAAAGAGAAAGUAGAAGUGGAAGUAGCUGAGGAGGUUAAGGAGCCCCCACCCCCUGAUGUAGUACAGCUAUGUCGUGAAACAUUCCAAAAGUCAGCCGAGUAUCUGCAUGGAGAACUUGAAGGAACAAUUGAAGACUACAAGCUCCUGGAAACACUCAAUAGAAUCACAAUUACAAAGUACACCGAUAUGAAAGAAUUUACAGAAAACAUCAGUAAAGGACUCCAGGAACUCAAUGAGAAAUAUAGUAACCUUCAACCUUACUUGGAACAAAUCAAUCAGAUUGAUGAGAAUGUGACAGCACUAGAACAAGCAGCGUAUAAACUGGAUAACUAUUCCAAGCGGUUAGAGAGUAAAUUUAAAGCCUUGGAAAAGAGAUGAACCAGUACAAAAACAUUCCAUAUAAUAAGUGCAAUAAUUUUUAUCUAUGUUCCAGGUUAAUUGUCUGUUGAUUGUUGUUUAUAUUGUAUAUAUUUUUUUAAAUAAAUAUAACCCAACUUA